CCUAUGAAGGGAAGGGAGAGAGCAGUCCAAGCGUUGGAGGGGAAGGAUCGCUCACAGUAGCCAUGGCGCUGCACAAAGACUCCUGCGUUGAGCUCAGCGAUGGGCACAAAAUGCCAGUGCUUGGGUUUGGCACCUACGCCCCCCAGAAGUUCCCCAAGAGCUUGGCAGAGGAGGGCACCAAAGUGGCCAUUGACGUUGGAUACCGCCAUAUUGACAGUGCAUUUUUCUAUGGGAAUGAGGAGGAGGUUGGACGGGCGAUCAGGGCAAAGAUUGCGGAUGGUACCGUGAAGAGGGAGGACGUGUUCUACACUGGGAAGCUCUGGUCCACGUUCCAUACCCCCGAGAGGGUCCGGCCAGCCCUGGAGAAAUCCCUGAAUGAUCUUCAGUUGGAUUACAUGGACCUUUUUAUCAUUCAUAUCCCUGUAGAGCUCAAGCCUGGAGAUGAUCCCUUGCCAUUGGAUGAAAAUGGGAAAUUUAUUUACCAUAACACGGACAUUAGAGAUACAUGGAAGGCUCUGGAAAAGUGCAAAGACGCAGGGCUGGUCAGAUCCAUCGGGGUGUCCAAUUUUAACCACAAGCAGCUGGAGCUGAUCCUCAAUAUGCCUGGGCUGAAAUAUAAACCCGUCUGUAACCAGGUGGAAUGUCACGUCUACCUGAAUCAGAGCAAACUGCUGGAGUUCUGCAAGUCCAAGGACAUCGUUCUGGUGGCAUUCGGUGUGUUGGGGUCCAGCAGGGAUGAAUCAUGGAUAGACCCAAACCUUCCUGUGCUCCUUGAAGACCCCGUGUUGAAUGCGAUCGCUAAGAAGCACAAUUGCACCCCGGCUCAGGUAGCAAUGCGGUAUCUGCUCCAACGAGGAGUCAUCGUCCUUGUGAAGAGCUUCACCCCAGCCAGGAUCCAGCAGAACUUCCAGGUUUUCAACGUGCACUUGGAUGCUGAAGACAUGAGGAACGUUGAUGGAAUAAACAGAAACCUGCGCUACGACUACGCACCCAUGUGGUCGGACCACCCGAAAUAUCCGUUCCAUGAGGAAUAUUGACGGAUACGAUUCCCGACUCUCAGUCUUUGCAUUGAGCAGAAGAUCCACAUUUGUUACUGCCCGGCCCGAGCUCUAAGGUUUCAUGGGGACUAGGGUGACAUUUCUGGUUGGGAGGCUACCAACACAAAGCUUUGCUCUCCUUUGGGGGACUUAUUGUUAUAUGUGGACUUGAGGCAGUUGGUUUCUUUUUAUGGGGCAAGUUUAUCAUUGCCAUGAAUUGUCCUCUACUAUUCUAUCCAUUGCUUGGAAAUUAAACAAUAAAAUAAAACACAGGCCAAGCAUCACCAUCAGUCUCCCUAA